AUGGCCGCUUCAAAAACAACACUUCAAGAGUUCGAGGCCGUCUUCCCCAAGCUUGAGGAGGUCCUGCUCGAGCAUGCCAAGUCUUACAAGCUGCCCGAGGGCGAGUUGGCAUGGUACAAGAAGAGCCUUGAAACAAAUGCCAUCGGUGGCAAAUGCAACCGCGGCAUGUCCGUCCCCGACUCGGUCUCAGCCCUCCUCGAGCGUCCCCUCUCCGAAGACGAGUACUUCAAGGCGGCGACCCUCGGUUGGAUGACGGAGCUCUUGCAGGCAUUCUUCCUCGUCUCGGACGACAUCAUGGACUCCUCCAUCACCCGCCGCGGCCAGCCGUGCUGGUACCGUCAGGAGGGCGUGGGCAUGGUGGCCAUCAACGACGCCUUCAUGCUCGAGGCUGCCAUUUACACCCUUCUGAAGAAGUUCUUCCGCGACCACCCCGCCUACGUAGACCUGAUGGAGCUCUUCCACGAGGUUACAUACCAGACCGAGAUCGGACAGCUGUGUGAUCUGCUCACCGCCCCCGAGGAAAAGGUCAACCUCGACAACUUCAGCAUGGAGAAGUACCGGUUCAUUGUCAUCUACAAGACCGCCUACUACUCCUUCUACCUCCCCGUCGCUCUGGCUCUGCACCAGCUCAACAUCGGCACCCCCGAGAACCUCAAGGUUGCCGAGGACAUCCUGAUCCCCAUGGGAGAGUACUUCCAGGUCCAGGACGACUACCUCGACAACUUUGGUCUCCCGGAACACAUUGGCAAGAUUGGUACCGACAUCAUGGACAACAAGUGCAGCUGGCUCGUCAACCAGGCUCUGUCCAUUGCCACUCCUGAGCAGAGGCAGAUUCUGGAGGAGAACUAUGGCCGCAAGGACAAGGCCAAGGAGGCUGUCAUCAAGAAGCUCUACGACGAUAUGGGUCUGGAGCAAAUUUACAAGGACUAUGAGGAGAAGGUGGUCGGCGAGAUCCGUGAGAAGAUUUCCAAGAUUGAUGAGAGCAAGGGACUGAAGAAGAGUGUGUUUGAGACGUUCCUCGAGAAGAUCUACAAGAGGAGCAAAUAG